AUGAAACAUCUUCUAGGAGGACUCGGUGUGCUGUGCAUUGUGCUAGCAACACUUCACGCAGCCCGCAUCAAGAUACCGGCCAAAAGUCGCAACGAUGAUCUCUUCUCCGAGGAUGAGUUUACGUUUCCGGUCGAGGAUAAGAAGGAUCCGACCAACUUCACCGGCAAUGUUAUGAAGGCAUCGAUCGUGAUGGCGGAGGUGCGCAAUCAGGGCAAGGGCAAGUUUAAGUAUGCGGUAGAGACGGAAAACGGUAUCGAGAUUGAGCAGAUUGGAAAGUUAAAGAAUGAUUCAAAGACGUUCGUUGUGAUGGGCUCGUACACAUACACCGGUGCUAAUGGAAAGCGAUACCGUGUGCGAUACACUGCCGACGAGUUUGGUUAUCAUCCCAUCACCGAGCUGGACCUGGAAAUUCCCGAUCUAACACAAGUCCAACCAACGCAGCGAACGAUCAGUCCGCUCAAGUUUACGACCCGUUCGACAACACCACGAACGACGACGACUACUACGACAACCACCACCACUACUACCACCACCACCACCCCAAAACCGGCACUCCAGGAAGAUGGUUACCAUUACGAUCGGCCCGAUAACUCGUACCUGCCGCCAAACAAUGAGUAUCUCCCACCACAGGAACCGGACAUUGAUUAUCUACCCCCGAAGGAGGAUGGUCCGCGAAGGUACGAGGAACCGGCCGACCAGUUCCUACCACCAAAGUUCGAUCUGCGUUUGGGCGCGAAUGAGUAA